GAUUUUAUCAGUGAAGCAAAACCCCUUAAAGAAAAUGGAUCUUCCAGUGUGUGCUGGCUAUGCAACAUUUCUGCUUUUGGGGAACCUGAUGUUCGCGACAGGUCUGGUACCGUCAUCGUCCGGUUUAGGUUUUGAAGCCGUCAGUGUUGGCCGGGACGUGACUUUGAAAUGCUCCUAUCAGGAAAAUUCUGCAACAAGCGUUUACUGGUACAAACAAAGUCCGGGACGGAAACCGCAGCUGAUGUCGGAGUUCUUGAAACAUGCUAGCAAAGGCUUUAUGAAAAGUCCGUUUAACAACGAUCCACGGUUUCAGCCGGAUACGGGCGUCGGCAAAAACAACUUGAAGAUCUUUAAUGUCCAAACGUCAGACUCGGCCGUUUACUACUGUGUAAGUGGCCACUCGUUCCAGUUCGACUUCUUGGAGGGCAUAAUUUUCCAGGUAAAGGACUUAGCAUUAGACCUCCAAACGUCGGUCUACCAGCCAGAACUCGAAACCAUUCAUCCAGGAGAUUCUGCUGUGCUGAACUGUACUGUGCACUCUGGGAUCGGCGAUGGAGAACACAGAGUUUAUUGGCUAAAAAACUCUGAUGAAUCUAAUCCAAGAAUCAUUUAUGCGCAAGGGGACAGGAGAAACCAGUGUGAGAUGAAGCCAAACAGUCAAACUCACACCUGUGUGUACAAGCUGCCACUGGAGAACCUGAACGUGUCUCACGCUGGGACCUACUACUGCGCGGUCGCCGCCUGUGGAUACAUCCUGCUUGGAAACGGGACCAAGCUGGACUACAAGGAACACCUGGAUUCUCCUGUCCUGCUGUACGUGUUGACAGGAACUUUGGCCUUCGUCGUCGUCCUGAUGGGUCUGUUGGCGUACAAAUCCCACAAACUGUUCAAGACGAAGAAACGCAAUCAUGAAGAUCCUCCAGAGAGAUCUCCAGCUGCUCCAGCUCCAAAAGCCCAAGUAUUUCAUCUACAACUACAAGAUUCUGUGGAUGCAGGUCACCUCCACUACGCUACCGUCAGUGAGAAGAACGUGAUCAGCUCAGGAACGCAGAGCGAAGCCAGCGGUGUGUGUACAUACUCUACUCUGAAGCAGUAG